AUGUCGCGGGGCUUGGACUACGAGGUGAUCAACGAAAACGUGAAGAGGGUUGCCUAUGCCGUCCGUGGUGAGCUCUAUCUUCGCGCAUCGGAGCUCCAGAAAGAAGGGAAGAAGGUACUACGCUCGCAUCCCCCCCGCCAGCUUAUUGGAAUUGAAAUAUUUGAGCCUUACCGUAGCGAAUCUGUUGAGAAUAUCGGUUUUCUUUCCAAUCACUGCGCACCAGGCAGGGUUCACCACAGUUUACUUUCUGUUCAAAACCCACCUGGGUUCAGUAUGAUGUUGGGUUGCCCCAUUUGAGUAAGUGUUUUCUUGAUUGUACUCACUCUAACACUGUUCGUAGAUUAUCUUCACAAAUGUUGGCAACCCUCACGCUCUGGGUCAGAAACCGCUGACAUUCCCACGCCAGGUGCAUAAUACUUAAUCAUCUGCAUAAUUUGAUAUUGCAACUUGACAUAUGUGGGCAAUUUCUUGGAUAAUUGAUCUCUUUCUUCCAUUUUUCAGGUCGUAGCAUUGUGCCAGGCACCAUUUUUGCUGGAUGAUCCUCAUGUUGGCAUGAUGUUCCCUUCCGAUGCUAUUGAAAGAGCCAGACAUUACCUUUCCUUGACAUCGGGUGGUCUGGGUAUGCUGUGCAAUUUUUUCUUCAUUUUCUUUUUCCUCCAGAUUUAGUAGAAUUUUCUGCUUUCUUAUUUAUCAUUAAAAUGUAUAGUUCUCUCAUGUAUUCCAUCGAUUAUUCGUUAUGUUUCUUUCAUUUUUCCCUUUUUCACUCUUGCCUGUGGAUUUUGCUUUUCCUUCUCAUACUACCGUGAACCAUCCCCACUCCAUUAUUCUCCCAUAUUUGUCUGCACAGAAAAUGCCUAGAGCUGCUACACACAUGGAAUAGUUCAAAAAAAGUGUCCCAGUGACAGAAUUUCCUUUCAUCAAAUAAUAUCAAAUUGAUUUCAUAAUCUUGUUGAAUUUGAACACUGUUAAAUAUAAUUUCUUUUGUACGGAAAGAUAUCAUGUCAUCAAGAGGAGUAAACCAUAAUGGAUUAAUUGAAUAUGGAAGAACAUGCAGUUUUUAUACAUCAUGGAUUGGCAACUGUAAUAUAGAGCUAAUUUCUUUUAAAGUUUUCUGAAGAAGUAGAUAUAUCAUUUCAAGAAAAUAAUAUGAAGCAUCUAGUUGAUAUGCACUCAAUCAUACAGCUGCCAUUGAAUAUCAUUCAAGCUAAUAAAAAUAUCAGUGGAGAACAGAUAUCAUAAUCAACUUUCUGAGGUUGACAGGGCAACAUAACUCACAAGGAUGUGUUAUAUAACUACGUGGCAUAACUGAAAUUAUGGGCCUUUGGCAGUGAAUUUGUCAUAAUAUUGCAAUUUCGUAGGAAUUUAUUUUACAUUUCUCCGAGUUUCAGUUUGGUAUUGCCCACGUUUACAGUCUUCUAUGCCAUGUGCACGUCUAAAAGUCCUGGCGCUGUAAAAAGUUUUCGAAGAUCAGUGGCUAGAGAUGCAAAAAAAAUUAAAAAAUAAUAUGUUUUCUCCUUUCGUAUUAUUGAGAGGUUCAUGCAACUAUAGGUUCUAGUAUGUUGCUAUGAACACAGUGUAAGAUGGAGAUCCAGUUGUUAGGAGCUUUUAAAUGGGCUUAGCUUAGGUAAUUUCUCAUCUAGUCAGCUCCAUUAAAUAAUUACCAAUUAAAUCUUGGAAAUAUAUAAAAAUCGGUAUAAAACUGGUAUCUGUUGCUCAAGUCAAAAUGUUUUUCUCAGAUCAGCUAAUUUGGCUAGCGUGUCACUAUUUGAAGUCCACUAAAAAUCUUUGGUCAGAAUGCAAUAAUCUCUAAACUCAGGAGAUUUAGUUCAAGAGUCAUUAUCUUUUCCCCCCAAUCGCAUUUACAUUGACUUCCACGACCAGUUUUCUGGUUCUCCUUACAUCCAAGAGUUUUUUGCCAACCGAUUAUGACAGUGACUAGUGGCAGCAGCAACAGCAUUACAUGAUAUUAUCUGAAACCAUUGAAAAAAUUGGCGUUUCUCUGUUUUUCAUCCAACCAUGUGAUGCAUAAUUUACCAUUCUCAUUUAUGUGGUCUUUGUUCCUUUCUCCGGACCGAUGAUUUCUGAAAAUGAAAAACUAAUUGAGAUCUACCAAUGGACAGAUGCGUGGAAAGUCUUUAAACUGCUUUGAUGUAGAUCUCUCAUUCAGACUUGUCAUGUUAGGACUUUCUGUCUCCAUAUUCGCCUCAUUCUGGAAGUUGGCCCCGUAUGAAAAUAUUGACGACAGUUUCAGAUGUGUAGUUGACAAUGACGAGCAUGGUGCUCUGAUCAAUGUAUCAUAUUUAGUAUUGCCCUGGUUUCCAGUUGUUGAAUUUCUUUUGCUCAGAUCCAUGAACAAUUGCCAUCCUCUUGCAUAUUCACGUACUUUACACCGAAAUAUGCUAAUGGAACCAUUUAGGAGAUUUCAAUAUCUCAAACGUCGAAUCUUGUCUUUUGCACUGUUAUUAUCAUAGAAUAGGCAUAUUAUUUCUGAAUUAGCAUCUUGUAAUGGUGUAUUCCUGGAAAAUCCACGUCAGUGUCUCCCAUUUACUAUUGUCUUAUAUCACUUUAACAAGUCAUUACUUUACUAAUGACCUUUGGCAGAAGGCUGACAAGGUGUUUUAUUAUCCAUUAGGUGCAUACAGCGACUCCCGAGGACUUCCUGGAAUAAGAAAGGAGGUUGCUGAGUUUAUUGAAAGGCGUGAUGGAUAUCCUAGGUAAUAUUAGUUCAACAUUGAACUACCAUUUAAUAUUUCGGAUACUAUUUGUGUUCUACCUCGUUCUCUGACAACCUGGUUGUGUUUUCAACCCAAAAGCCUCUCCUAAUGUGAAUGGUGCUAAUGUCAACCUUGAAUUACAGUGAUCCUGAGCUUAUAUAUCUCACUGAUGGUGCAAGCAAAGGUGUCAUGCAGAUGCUAAACACAAUUAUUCGCAACGACAAGGAUGGGGUACAAAGUCUUGAUAAAACAGGAAAAAUGGACAGGCUUUUAUUUUUAAAGGCUGUAUAGUUUUCAUUUUUUUCUCACGUCUUUUUUUGUCAUAUUGAUGCGGCAGAUUCUGGUCCCAGUUCCACAAUACCCUCUUUAUUCAGCUGCAAUAUCAUUGUUUGGUGGGUCUCUUGUCCCAUACCAUCUGGAAGAGACAGCCAACUGGGGUCUUGACAUAAAUAACCUUCGCCAGUCCUUGAAUGAGGCUCGAAUGAAUGGAAUAACUGUAAGCAUCCAUUCUGAUAUCUAGAAGAAAUGGUUGUGUGCAUCUUUCUCAAGAAGAAAACUUGGUAUCAUAAAAAUAUGGUUUCUACUGAUUAUAAUUUCAAAUUGUUUCGAUAUUACAUAUAAAUUGCUAUUUUAAUUCAGCACGUACUGGAAUUUUUCCAGCUAAUUCUGGUGAAGACAGAAAAAUCUUGUUUUAUUUAGAUCCUUUGUUGCCUAAAAUUAUUUCCUCAUACUAACUAUGCUUUUCUGACCAAGUUUGAUGGACACAAUUGGUGAGCAUGCAUACUUACAUAUUUACCAUGUGUAACGUUCAUUAUCCUUGAAUUCGGUUUCAUAUUUAUGCCUCUGUCCAAAGAAAUUAAAAGCAUAUCCUAUUGAAUUCAGGUCCGAGCAAUGGUUAUUAUAAACCCCGGGAACCCAACUGGCCAAUGCCUCAGUGAAGCCAAUAUACGGGAAAUAUUGAAAUUCUGUUACCAGCAAAAGUUGGUGCUGCUCGCUGAUGAAGUUUAUCAGCAGAAUAUUUAUCAAGAUGAACGGCCAUUCAUAAGUUCCAGAAAGGUAAAAUAUCUGUCAUUCUCUAAACCAGUGGAACCAAUUAGCUAUUACAUCUUUUAUUAAACAAAAGGUAUCUUAAAACUGCAAGAUUUUGUUGGGCAUGGGUCCGCCAUUUAGCAAAGAGGUACAACUCGUAUCCUUCCACACUGUUUCCAAGGGCUAUUGGGGUGAAUGUGGACAACGUGGUGGUUACUUCGAGAUGACAAACAUUCCUCUGAAGGUAUGUUUUCUUGGAAACUUGUUUUUUACUUGUAGAUUAUGAAUCAAACGUAUGUAUCUACCCAAAAUCCUUUUAGUAUGUGGUACUCAUUUUGUACCAUCUUCAGAGACUUGCACAGUCCCAGAAUUUUGACUUGACUAAAAUGUAUCCGUCUAUCUACAAAAUAGCCUUUUGAAUGAAGUCGAAAUAAUAUUGUGGAAAUUUUUGUGUCAUAUUCAUUUUAAACCAUAAAACCUUGAAGUUGAUAUUUUUAUGAAUUAAGCAUUUUAUACUUCAUUGAUUACUUCAGGUAUGCAAAAUUUAUCUUUGAAUGUGUUAUUUUUAAGGCAAGGAGAAUAAAAAAUAGUGAUUUGAUGAUAUAUUCAGUUUAUUAGUUUCAAAGGUACCAUGGUUCUCUGUUAUCUGCUUGUAUCUAGUCGUCUCAUGCCUCAGCUCUGGAACUAACUCUGAACAUCAUGUUGAAACUAAAAUUUUCAAGAAGCCACAGAGAGUUUCCGUAAUUUUGAGGUAAAAUUAUCAUGCUGAUGUUCUUCUUAAUCUAUGAAAACUUUCUUGACUGUCAUUAUUUACUUAAAAGAUUGCAACCAUGAUAGUUCACCAUUUUGGGAAGGAUACUAAUUAUGGGUCACCAAAGAAUGAUCCAGAAUAAUGUCUUACAUGUCUGAAGAAAAAAUGGGAAUUCUUUUCAGUGAGCCACUCUGAUUUGGCAAGCAACUACUGGCUUUUUUCAUUCAAUAAGUUGUAGUAUCAGUUGAGAAACAAACUACAUGUCUAGAAACAUUUUUUUCCAACUGCACGUGAUAUUUGCCUUGCCAGAAACAACUUUUCCCAUUCUGAUAAUAUGACGACCUCCAUUUCGAGUAUCAGUGUCCAAUAAUAUUCAGGAAUUCAAAACAUGUUCUACGUCCAUUAAUAUCUCUUAUUCCUUUUGGAUGUAAUCUUGAGCUCAGUGGUUAGCUUCCUAUUCAUUGGCCUUAAAAGGACAGUGAGAUCACUUCACUAAUCUGAAAACUAUUGCCUCUGGUUAUUAGCUAUAGCUUUUCUCAGAAGAACGAAAGAAAAUAUGCACUCUGCAAGCUGCUAUAAGAAUAUAUUUUGGCUCAAUGUCUUCACGAAACCCAGCCAUGAGAUCUUAUAAAGUUUCAAAAUUUUACUCAUUUUAUUUAUUCUCUGGAAAAGUAGUAACCACCAAGGAAACUAAAAUAGACGAGAGUACACUCAUUUAUGUAUAUGUUUCUUUACUUCUUUAGGCCUGAACAAACAAAGCAGAAUGCCGUUUUCAUUUUGAACUGAUGCUUGAUGUCGACUUGAUGAAAUUUUUGCUGUCAAACUAUGUGACUUGGUAUAAUUUUCUGUAAAUUAAUUUCAUCCUUUCAAUAUUAACAACUUGUUUCUUUCAACUUAAUGUCAUGCAGACUGUGGAUGAGAUUUACAAAGUGGCUUCUAUUUCACUCAGUCCUAAUGUUCCUGGACAGAUAUUUGUAAGUAGUUUUUAAAGACUAUUAACCUUAAACUGCUAAUAUUUUCUCUCAUUAUGAACUUGGUUUGUUGUAUUUUUCAAUUCUUUUAUCUGACCACUAUGCCCUCUUUCUUUUUUAGUUAGGACUGAUGGUUAAUCCCCCCAAACCAGGGGACAUAUCAUACUCGAAGUUUGUGACAGAGAGGUUAGAAUCUUGAUCCCAAAAACUCCUUUGUUUCUUUCAAUUAAUUCUUUGGGAGGUCUUCCCUGUCAGGUAAUCCUGUUUACAGGUCCUGCAGUAUCAAUUUUUUUGGCUAAUGAUUACAAUCAAAAUUCAAUUAAUUUCAUUACGUGUCUUAUAAAAACGAAAUCCGUAAUCAGUCUUGCUGCCAUCACAUUCACUAGAAGAACCUAUUCAUCGGGACUAUAUGUUGACUUUUUGCCACAUUUCUUAUAGCAUGAUGAUAGUUACUGGGUACACUUGAAAGUUCCAUGCUGAAUAGUGUGACAAUUGGUUGGAAAAAUGUGUUAUUGGUAAAGUAAUAAUGAAUUACUACUAUGACGUUUAAGAUCCUGAUAUUUAAAUCCACUAGCAGAUGUUAUCCACAUAUCCUUUAUCAGACUUCCUAAGUUUUUGAUACCUACGCCAAUCUUGUCUUUGGUUGCAUGUGUAACUCAAGGCAUCUGAUGGGAGAUUAGGCAACUCUACAUCAUAGAAUCGCGGCUAUGUAUUCAUCCUUGGCCUCCCGAGUACUUAACACACUGUCGGAAAAUCAGGUUCCUUUAGGUAUUGGUUCCCUAGUCAGUACCUCUAGUGCUAAAGAUGUUUAGCAAUCCGUAAGCACUAGGUAGCCUUGUCUUUGGCCUGGAUUGCUCUCAAAGGAUAUCAAGAUAUGGCCACUGCAAGAUCAGUAGUGGAGGAUAGCUAAAACGGUUGGCCUCAAGGACUCCUGAAGUUUCCAUGAGGCUGCCCUCUGAGAAAAUAGAAGUCGGUUGUGAUUACGCCACUGAAGACCUAAUUUAACCACUCUUUACCUAGAUAUCAAAACUACCAAAAAAAUUACUUCAGUGUGAGAUGAUUUUUCUACUGCAAGCUUUGUUGUACAGCUUUAGUAUCUCCUUCAAUAUUAGGUUAACAUAUUUGAAUGAAAAUUUACAUAUUUCUUUUUAUUUUUCCAGCAAAGCAAUCCUUGAUUCUCUGAGAAAGAGGGCUCACAUAAUGACUAACGGAUUUAAUAGCUGCAGAAAUGUGGUUUGUAAUUUCACAGAAGGUACUUAUCUGCUAUGUCUAUUGUCCUUACAUUUUUCCUUUCAUACACUAUGUAUACUCAUUCCUAGUUGUGUUGAUCCAGGAGCCAUGUAUUCAUUCCCUCAAAUUAAAUUACCUCCUAAGGCAAUCGAAGCUGCCAAAAAGGCUGGGAAGGUUCCUGAUGUCUUCUAUUGUCUCAAGCUUUUGGAAGCAACUGGCAUUUCCACGGUUCCUGGCUCAGGGUUUGGACAGAAGGAAGGGUAAUGACAACUCUAACCUUAUUUCUUCGCGUAGACCAAUCUGGUACACCUUUAGUGAUAUCAUUGCUCAUCUGAUAUAUGUAGUAAGACUGUUCUGGUAAUGUUAAAAAUUAGACUUCUUUUCAGAAUUAGACUAAUUCUAACUUUUGUGAAUGCAUUAUGAUUCUGAAUCGAGGAGGAAACUAAUUCCAAUCCAACUCUUCCCGCGUCUUCAAAAUCUUCUUUUUAGACCCAACAUUCCUUCCAUGAGGAUUUUACCUCUCAAACUUGAUGUUCUCAAAGCCGUAGCUCUCUAACAUAAAGGAGGUUUCCCCAUCCCCUUCACUGCUUCAAUGCAGCCUUGAUAGACUGUAGAUCUGUGCAUUUUCUCCUGCUCGCUGACAAUCGAUACAAGUGAUAGUUGAGCUUAAUCACGCAUCAUUGGAUUCCACAGCGGCAUAUUACCCUCUGCAUGUUAUAUAGGCUUACAUUCUACCUUCAGGAGGAGGGCUUCUGCUUUAUUUUCUGCUGACAUUUAUGCUUUUGAUCUAGGGUUUUCCACCUCAGAACGACCAUUUUGCCAGCUGAGGAGGACAUGCCGGCAAUCAUGGAUAGCUUCAAGAAAUUCAAUGAUGAGUUCAUGGAGCAGUACGAUGACAAGAAAGGAUACUCAAGGAUGUGA